AUGAAUUACACGUUAAAUUGUCUUUUGAAAGGGUAUAUUUGGUAUUUUUUACAAGCCUAUGUACCUACUUAUUUAACUAUAUUUAUAAGUUGGGUAUCGUUUAGUCUUGGACCUAAAGCAAUUCCUGCAAGAACUAUGGUAAUUUGA